AAUGGACAAUUGUUUGAUUAUGUUAAUUGUUUAAAUCACAAUGCUGCAUAAUAAAUUACGCUCGUAUCUUUGAAAAAUAUUUGUUAAUCACCAUCAUAAACACCUCGCUCAUCUAAGAAAGGUUGCUUGUGUGUAUAUGACUCCUGGAGGAUUCUGAUCACCAGCAAGAUGGAACGUUAUGGAGUUUAUUCCAUCUUUUUAUCGCUGCUGCUUGUAUCCGUUGUACUUGCAGUGGACAAAACAAGGGAAGAUGGCGCUCGCGGAUCUGGCGUUGUAGAGGCAGUGGUAGAUUUACUUAGAGAGCGAUGCACAAUCUCUGAUGAUAAUUUCUUCUUGAGAAGAAUGGCUUAUGCUGCCAGUAGAGAUGGAGAAAAAAGCGACACCUAUCGACAGGGAUUUCAUGGUGGUAUCUGGCAGAUAGAUCAACAAAAAUUUCGUCUUACUCAAACUACUUACUAUCUAAGGAAACAUCGUAUUGGAAUUCAAGGAAACUUCAGCAUAAAUUGGCCCAGCGUCACGUGGUCAGACCUUCGGAAACCAUUGUACUCAGGCAUUGCAGCCGCACUGUACGUGCAGUAUGUUCUCGAGAGGUACCGAACGACCAUUCCUUCAACCGUAAAUGCUCAAGCGCUCUUUUGGGUCAAACAAUUUGGUGGACAAAGAAAUGAUUUUCUUGCAGUAAAUAACCUCCGCCAGGUUUCGUGUGACACGAAGCCAGUAGACCUUGUGUUUGUGGUAGAUGAAUCCGGAAGCAUUGGGAGCUCAAAUUUUAAGAAAAUGAAAAACUUUUUGGUCAAUCUUGUGGAUCAAGUAACCAUUUCGAACACUGCAUUUCAUGUUGGGCUUGUCAAGUUCCAUUCGUCUGCCACCACAGUGUUUGAUCUGAACCGAUACAGUCAAAAAUCAUCUGUAAAGAGAGCGAUUCAGUACGUGGGCUAUGCAAGUGGAGGUACACGUAUCGGGAAAGGAAUCAACAAGGGUCGCACUGUGUUCGACCGGUCAUCAAGGAAAGAUUCUACGAAAGUAAUGAUCCUGCUAACUGAUGGAAAAUCCUCAGAUAAAACUGAGACAUCCAAGGAAGCCAGAAAAGCAAAGUCCGAGGGUGUUUCCAUAUUUGUGAUCGGGAUCGGUAAUGUGGACAGAGAAGAAAUAACCUCAGCAGCGUCAGAACCCACCUGUGUCCACGUUUUUAUGUUGCAAGGGUUCUCCGGAAUUGAUAAUAUUUUAUACGAAGUCAGAAGACGAUCAUGCAAAGCACCAAAGAAAGUGGAAGUCGUCGGUAAAAAUGAAACCAAGGUAGAGGGGGAUCUAAACCCAGACCGAGUGGUGGAAGACACCGUGGAGAUCGACACAAAGGCUCAAGUCACAGGAAUCACUACAAAUGUGACCUGUGGAGAGGUUGAACUUUUUGCCUCAGCUCAAACAUCAUCUCCAAACGAGGCUUACUAUGACGUGAAAGGAUUAGCGCGUGACAAUCAACCAGCCUCGUUUUCAAUUAAAAACCGUGGUCGGACGGUAUUUGUCCAUUACAAAGGAAAGGUCAUUACUACGAUGGAGUAUUGCAAAACAGUGAACAAGUCGUUCAGUAUCACAUUCAACCAAGCAAUAGAUGAAUGUGAAGGUAGUCCAUGUAAUAAUGGUGCCACAUGUGUAGACCUCCCAAAAGGCUUUACUUGUCAGUGUGCGGCUGGCUACACGGGGGGAACCUGCCAGGAGAACAUUGACGAAUGCUUAAAUAAUCCUUGUGUAAACGGUGGACAAUGUAUAGAUAUUGUUAAUGGUUAUAAAUGCGUGUGUCUGGAUGGGUAUACCGGGACUUCGUGUGAAAAAGUAGUGAAUAAGUGCGAAAGCUCACCAUGUCGAAACGGGGGAACCUGUUCCAGGAAUGGCAAUGACUUUAACUGUGAUUGUGCCGCUGGCUUCACUGGAAAGACUUGUAGUACGGACAUAAACGAAUGUCAGCCAUCGCCAUGCAAAAAUGGUGGAAUCUGUACAAACCAACUAAAUGCUUACAGUUGUCAGUGUUCGGGUGGUUUCACAGGCAAGAAUUGUGACGUAAAUGUUGACGACUGUACACCAAACCCGUGCAGAAAUGGUGGAUCAUGCUCGGAUCUCGUCAACGACUUUCGUUGUUCGUGCUCGAAUGGUUAUACAGGUAAAGCAUGUGAUGUAAUAGUUAACCACUGUCAACCUACAUCUUGUGAAAAUGGAGGAAGCUGCAUCAACUCUCCUAGUGGCUUCUCGUGUGAUUGUCAGACUGGAUACACCGGCUCCAACUGUGAGAAUGAGGCCGUUGUCGUUACUUGUCAAAUUGGAUCGAAAAUAAGGGAGUGUUCCAUGGAAGACUUGAAAAAGUCCAACCUUGCUGACAAAAUCUGUACUGGUACAAAUCAACAGAAUUCUGGAGUAGUACUCAACUCAACUCCAAAACCCCAGGCACCAAGUAGCGAGUCGAACUCAUCUAAGUGUAUACCAAAGGGUUUCGUUUAUCACAUUCCAUAUCCUGGUGACAAGAAAAAGUUCAUUCAAUGUGAUGCAUUUGGGGGAUCCACCAUUAUGCCUUGUGGCCCUGGAACUCAGUUUAACAAAGAUCAACAAAUCUGCAUGGCCACAACUACUGUGACGUGCCCCAGUACAGGAUUCGAUAAAUUAGCCCACCCAAGUAACUCUGGAAAAUAUUAUGACUGUGUAUAUGGUGUACCUCAUCUGAGAUCAUGUGCAGGAGGCCUCGUUUUCAACGAAAAUAUAAAGACCUGUAGCUGGCCUACUAGCAGAAGACAGCUAACAGAGGACAGUGACGUCACUGAAAGUGAUAACGAUGAAGAUGAUGUUGGAGAUGAUGAGGAAAAUAACGAUGAUGAUAAUGAGGACGCGAUGGAAUCUGAGCUGAAUGAAGUGGAAGAAAGAAAAACGACUGACAAUGAUGACAAGCAAAGUAGAGGCAAUCUCGAAAAAUUGAAAGAAGUUCUAAGGAAUCUUCUUGAUGAUGAAGAAUAAAUUCUUGGAGUUUUUAAAGUAGGGAUUCAAGGAAAUGUAUCAUUUCUACUAUUAAUUUUCUGUAUUGUAUGCAUAUUUCUUUACAUGAAUCGGAUACUGCAAAAGAAAAAAAAAAUUGUUUAAAAUU